CCUCUUCCUUCCUUCUACCGCCAUCAUCAGAUACAGCAGACGCUUGGAUAUCUUCAAAAUUCUUCUUCACCUUCCAUCCUGCUAGACGGGGCUUUCUGUGCCACCUUUCCUAGUGUCACUAUGGGAAUUAUUCUAGACUCGACUCCAUCGAGCCUUGUCUUAUGUGAUUGGUGUCAGACAACCGUUUUUGAUAAACAUCUUCUGGCCGUAAUUGAUCGCAGCAAGAAGAGUACGGCUGGACUGUCUACUGAUGAAAGUCCCUUCGAAACGGCAAUCGACCCAGCGGCAUACUUUGGUAACCGGGAUGCAUUUGCUGGGUCCCAGCGGUCCUUUCGUCAAAAUACUGAUUUGCUAUUGCGGAAAUCGUCUCGGGGGUGUAUCUUCUUGGUCCAAGGUGUCAGUCGCUGGCGGUGGCGACGAGGAUACGGAACGCACUGGUUACUUUCGGGUCUAUAAGACACUAACUCGAGAUGGCCGAAUUCUCCGCGCCUUGAUUGAUGAUUGUACGGCUAAUCACCCUGAUUGCAAGCCACGGGAAGGCUUAGAUCUUCCUUCGAUGCUGCUCCAUGUUUCUGGGGCAUCAAUGUCACCGACGGUGCGUCUCGUCAAGGCGUCGGAUAUUGAUGUCGUUCCAGUCCGCUACGUCUGCCUGAGCUACUGUUGGGGCAACACACAGCCAAACGUGACGACGACCAGUCGGUUGGAUUCAUACACAGCCGGAAUUGACACAGCAGAGAUCCCCGAGACGAUUUUGGAUGCCAUUCGUGUCGCAAUUAGCAUGGGUUACCAGUACCUCUGGGUGGAUGCGUUCUGCAUUGUGCAAGACAGCGGGCCGGACAAGAUUGCCGAGCUGGGCUUCCUGCGACAGUCCUACCCAGAAGGUCGUGAGGAGCAGUCAAUCCAUACAUGGCACGCUGAUAUAUACGAUGGCACCAGCCAAGCGGCGGCGGCUGUUCUAGAAAUUCGAAGCGACUUCUCCUACGAAGACAUUUUUGACAGUCCAAUUUUUGAACGGGGAUGGACUUUCCAAGAGGCGCUCCUCAGUCCACGCCUUGUCAUGUUCUUUCCUCAUGGCCAGCGACCUGCGUUGCGAUGCUCCACACAUACAAUCCAAUCUGAUGGUGGUCUGGCCACAGCGCACCCUAAACCUUUGGUGAACCUUAGAGAGGUGGAGCAAGUAGUUGAAAGGGAGAGGGAAAAAUGGGGAGACUACGAUGAUCAGUCGGCCAAUGCCGAAGAAUGGGUCGCGAUUGUCAAGCAAUACUCCCAGAGAUCCUUAACAUACGAGGCGGACAAGAUGCCCGCGGUCAUGGGCAUAGUGUCAGAGUGGGAGACCCGGUUCGGGCAGGGCACGUACUGGGCCGGUCUCUGGUCCGCGACCCUAACCAAGGACCUCAUCUGGAAAUCUCGUAGGGACUACUCCCCACGGUUCGCCUACGAGUCGUACGUUGCGCCAUCAUGGUCCUGGGCGUCUCGUGCCCACCCCGUCUAUUACCAAGACCUGGGCGAGAUCAAUACGUUCGAAGGCAAAAGUUCAUUCGAGGUGGUUUCGUGUGAGGUGAUUCCCGCUCACGAGGACCUGCCCAACGGCGCGAUCAAAUCGGCCCAGUUGACUGUCAAGUGUAUCGCGGAGCUAGUUGUUUUGGGGGGCUUCGAGUCAGAGUAUGCUUCCUGUGCCGUCUCAAGUGGGUCAGUGAGAGUUCAAUUCGAUGACAGUCCGAGGUCGCGGGAUAUCAGAGAAGCCUGGCUGUUAUACAUCAACGACGAGGAGCCGUAUAAUAAUCCGCAUGGAAUUGGGAUAGCGGUUGCUGAAGUCGACCACACUGAUGCUGAUGGCCCCACGUUAUAUAAACGAGUAGGUUGCUUUGUUUGUGAGGGGCGUGGACUCGAGGGCCCAAGGAGGACUUUUACAAUUAUAUAGAUGCAAGAUUUGGCUAGACCAUGGAUCAGGGCAAUAGUUUAAGGAAAACCCUAGUAUAGGCCCAGCUAAUAUUUAUGAGUUCCUAUACUUGCUGUGCUCUUUUCUUGGCAAACAGUUAGUUACUCAAUGCGAUCGAGUCAGCCAUUUGAUCCGGAGACAGAUUAGAUACGAGUGGGUCUUCCCACUUAUCUCUCUGUGCUCCGGAUCUUCCUCUCUUCUUACCCUUUUCGAUCCACCAACCUGCUUUGACUUCCACGAUUUGUCGCUGAUAACAAACUAAUAUGCAUCCCGCGAAUCAAACAUCCCAUCGGCCGUGAAACG